CUCUUCCUUCGACCUUCACACUGCUCAUCUCCUUGGUGUGUCUUUGUUCGACACCUGUGCCAUACGUCUUUCCUUGCCGUGACUAUCUCUCUGUCUAUACCUCUUGGUUUACAUAGAGUAUCACAUCACCACAGCUUGCUCAACUCCUACCAGUCAUCAUGGCUGACGGCACGGUGAACGGCCAGCGGGUCGAGGCCCCCGUCACAUUCAAGGCCUACUUGAUGUGUGCCUUUGCUGCCUUUGGUGGUAUCUUCUUCGGUUAUGACUCCGGUUACAUCAGUGGUGUCAUGGGUAUGCGCUACUUCAUCGAACGCUUCGAGGGUCUGGAUUAUGCUACUACUCCCACCGAUGAAUUCGUUGUGCCCUCCUGGAAGAAGUCUCUGAUUACCUCGAUCCUUUCUGCUGGAACUUUCUUUGGUGCUAUCAUCGCCGGUGACUUGUCUGACUGGCUCGGUCGUCGGUUCACCAUCAUCAGCGGCUGUGGUAUCUUCAUUAUCGGUGUCAUCUUGCAGACAGCUUCCAGCAGUGUUGCUCUGUUGGUGGUAGGCCGUCUCAUUGCUGGUUUUGGUGUCGGUUUCGUUUCCGCCAUCAUCAUCCUGUACAUGUCCGAGAUCGCCCCCCGCAAGGUUCGUGGUACCAUUGUGUCAGGAUACCAGUUCUGUGUCACCAUCGGUCUCAUGCUGGCUUCCUGUGUCGACUACGGCACGGAGAACCGUACCGACUCGGGUUCCUACCGCAUUCCUAUUGGUCUCCAGAUGGCUUGGGCUUUGAUUCUCGGCAUUGGUCUUUUCUUCUUGCCUGAGUCGCCCCGUUACUUUGUCAAGAAGGGCGACCUCCACAAGGCCGCUGAAGUCCUGGCACGUGUCCGCGGCCAGCCUCAGGAUUCCGACUACAUCCGGGAGGAGCUUGCGGAGAUUGUCGCCAAUCACGAGUAUGAAAUGCAGGUUAUCCCUCAGAGUGGUUUCUUCAGCAGCUGGUUCAACUGCUUCCGUGGUAGCCUCUGGACUCCUAACAGCAACCUUCGUCGGACUAUUCUGGGUACCUCCCUGCAGAUGAUGCAACAGUGGACUGGUGUCAACUUCGUCUUCUAUUUCGGAACUACCUUCUUCCAGUCGCUUGGAACCAUUUCCAACCCCUUCCUCAUCAGCAUGAUCACGACUAUUGUCAACGUCUGCUCUACCCCCAUUUCCUUCUACACCAUCGAACGCAUCGGUCGCCGUCCACUUCUCCUGUGGGGUGCUCUGGGCAUGGUCAUCUGUCAAUUCAUCGUCGCUAUUAUCGGUGUCACUGACGGUAGUAACAAGUCAGCCGUCAGUGCUAUGAUUUCGUUCAUCUGUAUCUACAUCUUCUUCUUUGCCUCUACUUGGGGACCUGGUGCUUGGGUCGUGAUCGGUGAGAUCUUCCCUCUGCCCGUUCGGUCGCGCGGUGUGGCUCUGUCGACCGCCUCUAACUGGCUCUGGAACUGCAUUAUUGCCGUCAUCACCCCCUACAUGGUCGACAAGGACAAGGGUGACCUGGGCGCCAAGGUGUUCUUCAUCUGGGGUUCCCUGUGCGCCUGUUGCUUCGUUUACACCUAUUUCCUCAUCCCAGAAACCAAGGGUCUCACCCUGGAGCAGGUUGAUAAGAUGAUGGAGGAGACCACCCCCCGUACCUCGGCAGGAUGGAAGCCCCACGGCACUUUUGCCUCUGAGAUGGGCAUCACCGACAAGACCGUUGCCGAGAAGGCGGAGGCUGAGGUGAUUCACCAGGAGGUUUAGGGGAGCUGCGAGAGACUGCAGGUGUUGGUAGUGAAGGUUGUGAGGCGCUGGUGUGCUUUUAGGAUUUGGACGGAUGAAUACCCAUGGGUUUACGCUUAUGUACUAAUGGUUCUAAUUACUCACUUGCUCUUUGGGUGAGUGCAAAUCUAAUGACAGUCACUUGGUCAUUUUUGAUACUUG